UGUCGGCCAGCGGCGGAGAGAGAGGUGAGAAGGGAAUAGAGAUACAGAAGACCGUCCCCUCCCGAAGAAAACAGCACUGACCAGGGAUAAUCUAUAUCGCUUCGGUGUGUUUCGACAGGUUUGCUCCUUCACUGUUUUUUGAGAACGGGAGGCAAGGAUGGCAAUGCAAAUGGGUGAGCUUGAUAGUGGCAUGGUGAAGGUGGCAGAGUGGCAGCAGACAAUGUAUAGUGUAGACUCAGGCAUCCAGUCCGGAGCCACCACAGUCAGAGAUGACGACGGUGAGUUCACCACCUCCAAGCAAUACACCAUGACCACCACUGUCACAACGGAACAGCCUGACUUGGAUGCCCAGUACACUAUGACCAGAGCCCAGCGGGUGCGGGCUGCCAUGUUCCCAGAGACGCUGGAAGAAGGCACUACUAUCUUGUCUACUCAGACAGACCCGUCCCAGAUGACCAACGUCCAGCGGCUGGCUGAGCCCUCACAGAUGCUCAAGACCGCCAUCAUCCAUCUGAUUAACUACCAGGACGACGCCGAGCUGGCCACACGCGCCGUGCCUGAGCUCACCAAACUGCUCAACGAUGAAGACCAGGUGGUGGUCAACAAGGCCGCACAGAUUGUCAACCAGCUUACGCGCAAAGAGGCAUCGCGCCGUGCUCUGAUGCAGUCCCCUCAGAUGGUGGCAGCUGUGGUGCGUGCCAUGCAGAACACAAGUGACAUGGAGACAGCACGGGCCACAGCCAGCAUCCUGCACAACCUGUCUCACCAGAGAGAGGGCCUGCUCUCCAUCUUCAAGUCUGGAGGCAUCCCUGCUCUAGUCCGCAUGCUGAGUUCUCCCAUGGAGUCUGUGCUCUUCUAUGCCAUCACCACGCUCCACAACCUGCUACUGCACCAGGAGGGAGCUAAGAUGGCCGUGCGUCUGGCUGACGGCCUGCAGAGGAUGGUUCCCCUGCUGAAGAAGAGCAACCCCAAGUUCCUGGCCAUCACCACAGACUGUCUGCAGCUGCUGUCCUAUGGCAACCAGGAGAGCAAGCUGAUCAUCCUCGCCAAUGGGGGUCCUGAGGGUCUAGUUCACAUCAUGAGAAACUACAACUAUGAGAAGCUGCUGUGGACCACAAGCCGUGUGCUCAAAGUCCUCUCUGUGUGCCCCAGCAACAAACCCGCCAUUGUAGAUGCUGGUGGGAUGCAGGCUCUGGGUAAACACCUCACAGGCCCUAGCCAGCGUCUGAUGCAGAACUGCUUGUGGACGCUCAGGAACCUGUCUGAUGCUGCCACCAAGCAGGAGGGUAUGGACAACCUGCUGCAGGUUCUGGUGGGCCUGCUCAGUUCAGAUGAUAUCAACAUGCUCACUUGUGCCACCGGCAUCCUGUCUAACCUCACAUGCAACAACUCCCACAAUAAAACUCUGGUCACCCAGAACAAUGGCGUCGAGGCUCUGAUCCACGCCAUAUUGCGCGCCGGGGAGAAGGAGGAUGUGACUGAGCCUGCCGUUUGCGCUCUGCGCCACCUGACUUCACGCCACCAGCACGCUGAGGUGGCACAGAAUGCUGUGAGGAGACACUAUGGCAUCCCUGCCAUCGUCAAGCUGCUCAACCAACCUUACUACUGGCCUGUCAUCAAGGCUGUGGUUGGCCUGAUCCGUAACCUGGCCCUGUGCCCAGAGAACCAGUCCCCACUCAGGGACGCAGGAGCGAUCCCCCGUCUCGUCAACCUGCUGCUCAAAGCCCACCAGGACGCCCAGAAACACGGCUCAUCCGCCCAGCAGACGUACCAGGAUGGAGUGAGAAUGGAGGAGAUUGUGGAGGGCUGCACAGGAGCUCUGCACAUCCUGGCCAGAGAUCCCAUCAACAGAGGAGAGAUCGCCAACCUGCAGACCAUUCCUCUGUUUGUGCAGCUUCUCUACUCUCCAGUGGACAACGUGAAGCGCGUGGCGGCAGGCGUCCUGUGCGAGCUGGCCCUGGACAAACCGUCAGCUGAGCUCAUCGACAGCGAGGGAGCGUCGGCUCCACUGAUGGAGCUGCUGCACUCCAAUAACGAGGGCAUCGCUACUUACGCUGCAGCUGUGCUCUUCCGCAUCUCCGAGGAUAAGAACUCAGACUACAAGAAGCGAGUGUCUGUGGAGCUCACACACUCUCUGUUCAAACACGACCCCGCUGCCUGGGAGAUGGCCCACAACACUGUCCCCAUGGAUGGACACUAUCCAGAGGAGCUGGAUCCUGCUUUCCAGGACUAUCCACAAUAUCCAGGUGACAUACCCAUGGACAGCAUGGCCGCAAACAUGAUGCCUGACGAUUACCCAAGCAUGAUGUAUGACAGACAACCUUUCAGUGAACAUUAUUAAAGACACAGAGGAGAAAGAGAAGUGGAAGAAGAGGCAGAGGAGCUGGUGUGGGACACGAUGGGACAAAGAAGAAGAGAAUAUAGUCGUCAGUAGAGAUUAUUUCCUCUGCUCUCAGCCUGAUGUAAUAUAUGCAAUUAUCAGCGAGUACAGGACCCAUACUCUUAACAGGGCUCAACUUUGUUUUAUAGCCUAAUUUUGCUGAUUAUAAUUAUGACAAUGACAAUGCUUUUAGGUUUCGGUUAGAGAACCUUCUAAGAGUGUGUGCAUGUGAGUAUGUGUGUGUGUGUGUGUGUGUGUGUGUGUGUGUUUGUGCUUUUGGGUGGGUAUUCUAUGCCAAAGAGAUUUUAUUUUGUGAUGAUAAUCGUGUAGCUUCCUUUCCUUUUUUUUUUUUUUUUUUUUUAAGAAAAAGAAACAAAAAAAAGAGAAUUAUAGUUGAAAACACUGCCAGAGGUGGAUCAACGUGCACGGUGCACCUGCUCACCACUCUUUCUUUCUUUAACGCCUUUGUAACAGACACUGCUGUCUAUGCUGUAGUUUCGACAAUGUAUACUGUCAACUUUCUCCCUCUGUCACCCAGGAGUCGGUGAAGAGUUAGUUAACACGGACUCGUUCUUCCUCUCGCCAUUAAUUCAGUAGGACAAGAAGAGGUCUGUGACAGACCUUUGAAAGAGCGGAGUAGGGCUGCCCCCACUCUUAUAUAAUCAUCUGACGUGGAUUAUUAACAGUGUAGGUGAACAGGAUGGUUGUUUGUUUUUUUUGUUUGUUUUUAAAGUGUUUCUUAUCUUUUGUAAGUUAUUUACUGGGAAAGGUUCACAUUAUCUGGCAUCACCGGAAUAUUAACCAAGAUUCCUUUGAUUAGAAACUGAACUUCAAAGAUCAUAUGUGACUAUAAUAAUUUGCAGGAGAACAACAGUGUGGCUAAAGCAGUUUUACAGAUUCAGAUUGUACAGAACAGACUGACUGGGGACGGCCCUACAGCUAGAGCAAACUACUGACAGGGAAAUUUGUCUUUCUACUUAAUAAGAGUUUUUACUGAAAUUUUGUUAAAUAAAAAUAAAGGAUAUAUUACAUG